AGGAGGUUCCCACUUUAAGAAGUGAAGUUUUCCUCCCCCUCCCCCUUCUGCUCACCUCCUGCCGCCUCCCGCGCCCCGCGGGGCUGCGGAUGGAGCUCCACCUCGGUGGCGUGGGGAGCCAGGCUGCGGGCCGGAGGAUGGAUGGGGACUGCCGAGAUGGCGGCUGCGGCAGUAGGGACGCAGGGUCGGAGGACUACGAGAACCUACCGACCAGUGCCUCGGUGUCUACCCACAUGACAGCGGGAGCGAUGGCCGGGAUUCUGGAGCAUUCCCUCAUGUACCCGUUGGACUCCGUGAAGACACGAAUGCAGAGUUUGCAUCCAGAUCCCAGAGCCCAGUAUACAAGCAUCUAUGGCGCCCUCAAGAAGAUCAUACAAACGGAAGGCUUCUGGAGGCCCCUGCGGGGCCUGAACGUGAUGAUGACGGGCGCAGGGCCCGCACAUGCCAUGUAUUUUGCCUGCUACGAAAACAUGAAAAGGACUUUAAAUGACGUUUUCAGCCACCAAGGAAACAGCCACCUCGCUAAUGGGAUAGCUGGGAGUAUGGCCACCCUACUCCACGAUGCAGUAAUGAAUCCAGCAGAAGUGGUGAAACAGCGUUUACAGAUGUACAACUCGCAGCACCGAUCAGCCCUCAGUUGUAUCCGGACGGUGUGGCGGACCGAGGGGUUGGGGGCCUUCUACAGGAGUUAUACCACCCAGCUGACCAUGAACAUCCCCUUCCAGUCCAUCCACUUCAUCACCUACGAGUUCCUGCAGGAGCAGGUCAACCCUCUCCGGAACUACAACCCCCAGUCUCACAUCAUCUCAGGAGGCCUGGCCGGUGCACUGGCUGCAGCUGCCACCACCCCGCUGGAUGUCUGCAAGACCCUCCUCAACACGCAAGAGAACAUGGCGCUCUCCCUGGCCAAUGUCAAUGGCCGGCUGUCGGGCAUGGCCAACGCCUUCAGGAUGGUAUACCAGCUCAACGGCCUCACUGGCUAUUUCAAAGGUCUCUAUGCACGGGUCAUCUAUCAGAUGCCUUCCACCGCCAUCUCCUGGUCCGUCUAUGAGUUCUUCAAGUAUUUCCUUACGAAGCGGCAGCUGGAGAAUCGAACUCUGUACUAAAGGAACGGGCAGUGGGAAGUGGUUCCAGCAUCUUUUGUUCCUGCCUCAUCCCCUUGUCUUCACACCCAGGCCCUGUCCUACAGGGUGCUUGCGCCGGGCCCUUCAUUCCCUGGUGCCCUAGGAAGGGAAGGACCAGCCUCCACUGCUCAGAAGGCUGGCUGUGGGGACACCCCGGGUGGUGGUAGGUGGGGAAAACUUGGGAAGGAGAGUGAGAAGUUGCUUUUUCUCCUCCUUCCUCGAGAGGAAUGUAGCCUUUCUGCAUCCCUGUGGCCUCCUCCCUAGAUCUUUCGAUCAACGCCGCAGAGGAGAGCAAUGACCCAGUAAGAAGAGUUCAUAUACAUAAAAGGACCAUUACCCAGUCUAAAAUAGGUGGAUAAUGUUUAUCCUUUAUUUUUCUACAUAGAGAUUUUUGAAAUUGUGUGUGCUUGUGUGUGUGUCCAUAAAUAGUAUUAGAGUUGGGAUGAUAUACCUGUUUUUUUUUUUUUUUUUUAAUAAGAGGGUUGAAUUCUUCCAUCAUAAGAAGUAAAACAGAACAAAACAAAACAGGAAAAAAGGCACCAAAGUAAUAAAUGGCUGCUGUGGCCUGGAGUUGUGUGCGGCACCUCUCCCAAGGGAGUUUAACUUGAAUGUAAAAAUAAUAAAUACAAAGUUUAUAUUUUGAAUUUUCUCUUUUCAUGGGGGAAAAAGGUACGUUGAAAACAAGUCAAAAUAAUGAUCUAUCACUUGGAGCUUUUUUUUUUUUUAAUUCUUUUUAAACAAACAACAAAAAGUCACCUGUGUGUGCCUUUCUGUCUUUCCUAAAAUUUUCAGGACCAAAGCUAUGGCCCUGGAGCAUUUGCCUCCGUCUGUGGACACAGCUGUACAGUACUAAGCAUGCUGGUUGUCCACUCUGUAGGGUAGUGGGCCCAGGAGCAUAAGAAUGUCUGGCCUUCACCUUUCCCAAGAGUGAUGUGAGCGUGUGCCCCCCCCCCGAUCAGCACUUAGCAUUGGAUUCGCCAUCAUUUGCCUAGCAAAUUAGUGGGCCGACUCCCGCCUUGGUCUUAGGACCGAUUUCUGUAGCGACCUCAGUCUCAGGCACUUCAGCUAAUUGGGUCGUCAUGUGUUUUUAUCAAAGUCACCUCUUAACCCAGUUCCCCUGCAGUCUAGGGAUUUUUGAAAAUCCCAUCUGGACUAUUUCUGGCACUCAUCUGUCCCCUGCCCUGUUGUAGCCUCGGGUCUUACCGGUACAUCACAGCCUCUCACAGCACUGAGGCCGGCCUUCCAGCCUGGACUGCACUGCUGGAGCCUGCUAGGACCCUCUCUCUCUGCCUCUCCAGAGCCGCUCAGCGGCCUUGGCUCCUCCUGUGUCACUUGAGAGCCUAUGUCCUCUCUGCUCUGGUCGAUCAUCUCUGAGAGAACACACAAGCCUGUGUCUUCUAGUCUGUCACUCUCAGGAGAGGACAGAAUGGUCUCAAUGUCCCUCUUCCAGCUUGUCUAUGAACGAGCAGGGGACACACUGGUGUUUUGACUUCCUUGGCCCUGGUCUCGUUUGGAAGCCAUGGCUAGCAUGCUCCUUCUCACUGGGGAAGCAUGAACCUUAAGUUCCUGUGGCUAGGUGCCACUGCUUGGGAAAAAUUCAGCUUGAACUUGGAGACUUUUCGUCUUGGGGCCACACAUCACCCAGUGCCCUUGGGCACAGGUUUUGAUUUUGUCCACUAACUGAGAAGUUAGAUGAUGGUCAGCUGUCUUCUUUUUUUCUGAUCAGAAGGAGGAGAGAACCACCUCGAGUACUUACAAGUUCUCCAUGAGGGCUUGGUGGCUGGCUGCUGAGCUGUCAUACCACAGGGUGACAGGUUUCUGUGCUUGCUGGUGUCUGAGGCUAACUGGUGCCCUUUUAUCACUGAUCAUGUUUCUGCUGUCCCCCUGCGAGUGUUGAGUAGUGUUAAAUAUAAAUGGAAGGGGGAAUCAAAACAUAGAGUCUAGAGUAAAAUUGAAGUCAAGUCUGAAACAUUCCUACCACACCCUGUGGUCCAUCUGGUGACGAAUCCUGCUGCAAAAACAAUAUUCCUGUUGGGUUUUCUUUACAGCUACCUUCUUCUGGAAUAGCCUCUGUGGCCAGGGCCAUGUAAGAUGGAGAAGUAAGACCCAAACUUAGCAACUCUGUGUGGGCUUAAGUCCUCACUGUCGCCUCCCUGUAGUGAUGGGCAGAUUCACAGGGAGACAGCUUUUUAACCAGCCCUGCCCACCCGAGCCAUCACAGGUUGAGCAAGUGAAAGGUGGUUAAAAGUUGUGAAACCCUAAACAAACGUGUUUCUCACUCCUCUAGGGGUUACGUUGUCCCCUCUCACCCUUUGCUCCAGGGUUGGCAUUGUCCGUGCGCCGGGCGCAUUAAUGGCCUGUGUAUUGUGAUUUUUGACAUCGCAAAGAUCUAAAUAGGAAAAUGCUUCCCCUGUCCAGUGGCCAGGUUAAUAGAGUUAUCGGCAUCUUUGGAGUGACUCCCGAGGAUGGACCAUGUGACCUGGUGCGCUGUUAACACUUUAGCUGUGUGUGUGUUCUCAUGAUCAGGCCUCAUGACAGUCAGCCACUUAAUAGAUGAGUGUUAAUUUAUUAUAGAGUAAAACACUGAUCUUUAAAAAUGGGAAUGUUUUUAAUUCAUGACUAUUUUUUUAAUUGGAAUAACUAUAAUUACUUUUAUGUGUGCUUGUGUGUGUGCCCCCCCCCCACCAUGUCUUACAGCCAUCCUCCUCCGAAUGUCACCCCAAGGCUGUAUCUCCCAACACACUGCUAUGCCAGUAAGGUUCUAUUUAACUUUAUUUAUGGGUAAUUGUGUCUGUAAAGAACAGAUGUGCUGCCGCCAGUCCCACACUGUGGGAUAAGAGUGGCCCAGUGUUAUUCUCUGAAUGUCUUUAAAAUGCCUGUGGUCAAGAUUGUUUUCGCCUUGUGACUUCUGAGCACGGGGAGCUGCAGUGUGUUCCCAUGUGGGGGUGUCUGCUGUGCUGCUACCGUUGUAACACUGGAGCUGGAGAAAAUAAAGCAUUGUU